CCCGCCGGCCCCGCGAUUGGCCAUGACUAGCUACCACAAUAGCGGGGCCGUUUCCGUGGACUUUCCUGAGGUCCUGAAAUCGCUUCUGGAAUACCGUUUACCCUGGACGGGCACUCUGAAAGAUAAAGAGAAGAAGGAAAAACUUGAGGAAGAUGAAGCAGCAGCUGCAACUACAAUGGCAGUUUCUGCCUCCCUCAUGCCUCCCAUUUGGGAUAAAACUAUUCCUUAUGAUGGGGAGUCUUUUCAUCUGGAGUAUAUGGAUCUUGAUGAAUUCCUGUUGGAAAAUGGAAUCCCUUCCAGUCCUGCUCAUCUGGAUCUGAAUCAGAAUCCCCUCCUGCCUGUGGCUGAACUGGAAGGAAAAGAACCUGCCACUGUUUCUGUUGCUACUACUCCACCUGCAUCAUCUUCCACAGUGGUUUUCAAUCUAUCAGAAACUACCAAAAAUACAGAGUCCUCUUCAGAUAAUGAAAGAUUGACUCCCAGCCCUGUUGAUCCAGAUUGUGUUGAGAUUGAUGUGAAUUUCAACCCUGACCCUGCUGAUUUAGUGCUGUCCACUGUGCCUGGAGGAGAGCUCUUUAAUCCUAGAAAGCAUAAGUUUGCUGAAGAGGACUUGAAACCACAGCCUAUGAUUAAAAAAGCCAAGAAAGUCUUUGUCCCAGAAAAUCAAAAGGAUGAAAAAUAUUGGACAAGGCGGAAGAAAAAUAAUGUGGCAGCCAAGCGAUCUCGGGAUGCUCGGCGCCUAAAAGAGAAUCAGAUCACAAUCCGAGCUGCUUUUCUGGAGAAGGAGAACACAGCCUUGAGGACCGAAGUUGCAGAACUACGGAAGGAAAUGGGAAAAUGCAAGAACAUUGUCUCUAAAUAUGAGACCAGAUAUGGAUCCUUUGACUUAUCCGAUUCCGAAUGAUGCAUCUUUAAAGACUUAAAAUCACAAAGAAACUAAAAACUACACAUGAAACCACCUGCCAUCAAAGUGAACAGUGAGACAUGUGAGGUAUUCUACACAAACAUCUGAUGACUCUGCUUCUCUGCAAGUAUCUCCUUGAACUACCUAAGGGCUGAGCCUGAUGAAAAGACUAAGGUCUCUAGUUUUACACUUCGCUUUGUACUGCUCUUUUCCUUGCUGUGGCAAUUUGCAGUACAUUGUUUAUUUCUUUUCAACCAAUGUGGUAUUUGUGAUUCAGAAUAUAGCCUGAACAAGCUGUCGUUUUGCAAGGUAAUUCUUAGGAGGAAAGAACCAGUUUUAAUUGAAAAU